GUCUGGGAGUGCGGGAGCGCACAGGCAGGCAGGCCAUUGCCAGGCGGAGGGGUGUGUGUGUGUGUAGUAGCUGUAUGUGAGUGUGUGUGUACCUAUUGCGACCAACACACAGCCUUAAACGUGAAGAACGGUGUGAGGGAAAAUGGACGGAGUGGGGUCUUUCGGUGCUGGGAGAGCGGGCAGUGCUUUCGACCCCUUGGCUUUCAUCCAGCAGCCGCAGACCAUCCUCAGGAUAUUAUCAUGGAUUUUUUCCAUGGUGGUUUUCGGCUCCAUAAUAAACGAAGGCUAUGUCAACUUUGAUAGUGAGACGCUCUACUGCGUUUUCAACAAGAACUAUGAUGCCUGCAACUAUGGGAUCACCAUCGGGCUCGUAGCCUUUAUCGCCUGCAUCUUCUUCAUGAUCCUUGACAUGAAGUUCCAGCAGAUAAGCAGCGUUAAAGAUAGGAAGAAGGCGGUCAUGCUGGAGAUCGGCUUCUCAGGUUUCUGGACGUUCAUGUGGUUCGUCUGUUUCUGCUUCUUGGCGAACCAGUGGCAGCGCACCACAACAGACGAGCUGCCUCUGAACCAGGGAGCUGAUGCAGCAAGAGCUGCCAUAGCCUUCUCCUUCUUCUCCAUCUUCACCUGGGCUGGUCUGACUGUGAGAGCAGUGCAGAAGUAUCUGCUGGGAACCGACAUGACCCUCUUCACCACAGAGCACCUGGAUGGCACCCCCCAACCUACCCAGCCUUUCCCCACCGCCCCCGGCCCUGAGACCACUGACACCUACCAGAGUCCACCUUUCACUGAGAACCUGGACGCCAAUGCGCCAACCUACCAGGUCCCAAUUUACUAGAGAGGUGCCAACCAGGGUCCAUGUGCAAUGUAACCGACCUGUUAAACGAGUGUGAAUGGGGAGGGAGAGGCUCGGGCCUUUCUUCGAGCUGAAAUGGUGUGAUGAUGAUGAUGAUGAUGUUCAUAGGUAGUGCUGUGCUGUGACCUUCUGUACAAGAGUUUGUUGAUUGUGAUUUCACUUUUACUUGGGUCUAUAUGGGUAGUUAAACCUUAAAUCAUCAGGUCGAAUCAGAGAGAAGCAAAUAACAACACCCCCAUCCCCCUCAAUGUGUGGUAGGGUCUGAUCAUGGUCCUUCUAGGUCACCGAAACAAGGGAGAUUCAGAUUAGCCUUCAAGAGAUGAUUAUAAAAAGUAGUCAACAGAUAAACUGAGAAAAAAAACUGCCUAGUGAAACAAACUCAGUGCUGUUUAGAUAAAGAAAAAGGAACAUUAUGCAUGUAUGAUAUAGCCUAUUAUUAAGAAAGCAAUUAAUAAGUGCCAUGCAUCAAAUAACUUGAAAGAAACAAUAUUGUAGCUGUCCGUAAUGUGGGGACAAAAUAAGUGCAAUAUUUAAAAUAUUACAUCAACUACAACCUCAAAUCAAGUACAGUUAAGACAGUAUGGAGAAUGCAUAUAAAACAGAAAUAAGAGCAGUGUUUCUUACAUUUACUUUAAAGCAUCAGUCCUUAAGAUUUUUUUAUUUAAAAGCAGUAGUAUUUCUGAGUGGAUAUGGGACAUAAUGUUCUAAUACAUCAUCAACGAGCUUCUCUGAUCAUCCCCAUGAAGCCAAAUAUAUUAAUUCUAAAAUCAGAGCUACUUAUAUACAUUUUAAAAGUCAUUUUCUGCAUGCUCGGUGUAACUGCUCACCAGGGAGAUAUUUAAAUCCCUAAAAUGUAUGGACUGAUAUUGUGUAACUUCUAUUUAAUUUCAGACAGUAUAAACCUAAGAUACAGCUCCGGAAAUAAUUAAGGGACCACUUCAAAAUUAUCAGCUGUUCUUUACUAUUUACAGGUACAUAUUUGAGUAAAAUGAGCAUGGUAAAAAAAAAA